AUGCUGCAAAAGAUAUGGCGUACUGAUUGUCUCCAGGGAAUACCAUCACCCCCUUCGAGUCCCCCCCUCGCCGCCAGCAACACUCUCCAGAGUAAGGCGCGCAGAGGGGGGGCAGCAUACACCAUCACGGUCGAGUGUGAGAGACUCUUCUGCGAGACACUGCGGUCUGUUUUCCUGGGUGAGGGGAAUCAGCGCCAGCAGGACUCGCUAGUGACGGGUAUGUUUAACAACGCAACGACAACCGAUUACGGCACGCCCGGCUCGGUGCAGGAAGUCGCGGUUGGCUCUGGUAACAAGAGCUCCGUGACAGACUGCCUUGAGAUGUGGGACUACGUCGGCGGGAUACGCUUCCGCGGGUUCGUUGCCGAGCAACAUGACGAGAAGGCGAUGUUCGUCUUCUUCGAUCAGGCAGUUAUGCAGUCCUCGGGGGAUCUAAAGGCCGGCCUCAUGGCCCUCCUCGAACUCUGCGAGGUUCAGCAGUUCGGCUGCGACCGCCUCGUCGUGGCUAUAGACCGCUCCGCCGACUCCAAGGCUUUGAUGAAGGACCUUGGGUGGAUCGGCUUCGGGCUGGCAACACUUGAGGACUUCGUGGCCGACGAGGACAUGGAAGCUGAAAUUACCAGCCAGCAAUGGCUGUUCAUGGAGAUGGAGACGUAGAGCAGCAGUGAGGAGGAUACACGCGUAAAUAGUGUGGACGAUCUGCAGGCGUUUAUCGUUGACGAAGGCGAUGCCACGGCAUUGCGAGCAAUUUGCUCUAGGUGUUGAUGUUUCUAUUCAUGCUCAUGUUUUGUUUUUACGUUCUACAUUGCUAUAGGGACGGUGUCGGUGUCGGUGUCGCGGAUUCUAUCAGUGUUACCUUGUACCUCAAGAAGUUCAAUGAUCUCGGUCAGGCAUUUCUCCUCUUCUAUAAAGCUUUCAACAAUCAAGUUUUCUCCCUCAACA